GGGAUCAGGGGUCGUGGAGGGGGCGGCACAGAUCUAGGGAAAGGCCUGUCGCCGUCACCCCGUCUGGAGGCGGGAUCACCCCCCAGGCAGAGGCUGACCCCGGGGUCACACAGACACAGUGGCUAAGGCGCCGGGGUCCUGUCGGUGCCAGAGCUCCGACCCCGGCGGGCGGUGUCCUUUCCGGUAAAGCGGCGAUGAUGAGCGCACGAGCCCCCGACAGCACCGAUCUGAACGCGCCCAGACACAGCUUUUUAGGUCACUUGGUGAACCCCCUGGGCGCGUUGCGUCACGGGAUUGACGGAUGAGAUGCUGGAGUGGGGCGUGAGUUUAAAGCCGCUGGGUGACACGCUCUAGCCAGAAAGGUGCUGGUGCGGCCGUGGAUCUGAAGUUUUCAAUUGUAAGACAUUUAGUUACAUACAGCAGGCAGCCUAUACAAUGUUACCUAGCACCUUAUAAACAAUAAAACAGACCUGUCGAAAUGCUAAUUAAUAACGAAUGAAUAACUGCAUUGUAAUUUUUUUUACUGAAAGAAAUUUGGGCAUUUAGAUGUAUUUAAAGACUUGAAAUGGGGUGUCGCAGGAUGAAACAGCUGUCAGGCUUCAAAGAUCUAUAUUUGUUUAACCCUUUUAAACCCAGCUGGAUUUUUUCCAUGUAUGAAACUGCCCAAAUUAACUAGUUUUUCUUUGUAAACGAGGGAACUUCUGCAUCACUUGGAAUAUAGAGUGGUACUGUUUUAUAGCACAGGAUGCCAGAGCAAUUUAGAAGCACAAAUCGGGUUGCGCAGUGUGCUGCGCUGAUUUUCUUAUAGUCUUGGAUAUUCUGCUUUUGGAACUUUAUGAGACCAAAACAGUUAUUUUCUAAUAAAAGUCACCUCGUGAGAUUCAGCACACCUUCCUACAGCAUAAAAACUUUGCCAGAAGUGGACUGGAUCCAAAGAGUGGAAAUAUGCCUUGAAGUAGGGUCAGGAUCUGGAGUGGUAUCCACGUUCCUAGCCUCCUUGAUAGGUCCUCAAGCUUUGUACAUGUGCACUGACAUCAAUCCUGAAGCAGCUGCGUGUACCCUGGAGACUGCACGCUGUAACCAAGUUCACAUACAGCCCAUAAUCACAGAUUUGGUCCAAGGCUUGCUACCAAGAAUGAAGGAAAAAGUUGAUCUUCUGGUGUUUAAUCCCCCCUAUGUAGUGACUCCACCUGAGGAGGUGGGAAGUCACGGAAUAGAAGCGGCCUGGGCUGGCGGCAGAAACGGUCGCGAAGUCAUGGACAGGUUCUUUCCAGUGGUUCCAGAUCUCCUUUCGCCAAGAGGGUUAUUCUACUUGGUUACUAUUAAGGAAAACAAUCCAGAAGAAAUUUUGAGAACAAUGCAGAUGAAAGGCCUGCAGGGGACCGCUGCCCUUUCUAGGCGCGCAGGCCAGGAAAUGCUUUCCGUCCUGAAGUUCGCCAAGUCCUGAUACCAUGUCUGUUCUGGAUGAUACUGGAUCUGUUAUAUUUAAUGUACAUGAGUACAUAUCAUACUGAAUAUAGUUAUAUGUGUGUGUAUGUAUUUACAAGCUGAAUGUAUUCACCAUAUUUUGAAACUGAAGUCAUUUCUUUGUUAACAAGUAAAAUUGUCAGAAAUGGGUCACAGGGAAAAGGGGGGAAGCAUAUGGCACUUUCUUCCACUCAGGAGUCAAGCCUACAAAGGCAUUUGCAUGAGUGCAAGGAAAUAUAUACAUUAUGUAUAACUUGCUUCCAUAUAUAAAUGAUACCUACAUUAUAUAUGAAAGGAUACUCACUUCAGCAUUACCUGUAAUGGCAAAACAAGGGAAUCAACCUAUCAGCAUCAUUUAAGGGGCUGGUGAAAUCCAUCGCAGUGUAUCCGUGGCACUGAAUGCGAGUCACAUCCAGCUGUUGAGUGAGUCGGAUCUCGGGGUCCUGGACCAGCAGGGUGUUCAGGGUGUACCACUCAAUAAACAAGCAGCAAGUAA